AGCGAUCCUUCCUUCGGCCUACUAAGUUGAAUCCAUGAAGCUCGCUCAACGCAUGAAAAAGAAUGACGGCUCACUCAGCUACUCAGACAAACCUAAUUCUAAUUCCAAAAAACGCAGGAGCACCACUGAUAACAGCAGCCAAGAGGAGCGCUUGGAUAGUUUUGCACCAUAUGGCACUGAUGCCAUUGAUGCUCAAAGCAUACUUCAAGAUGAAAAGCAGACCAUUAGAAAUAUAGCCUUUGGUGGUAUCUCAUCAUCAUUAGUAAGCAGUAAGACCAGUAAUGGUGCAUCAUCAACAAGUCGACGCCGUAAACCGCUCGAUGGGCAAAAUGGCGGCCCACCCCCAACUAAAAAACAUAAACCGCCACAGGGUAGCCAUCCCACAGCAAGUGUUCUUUUGACAUAUUUCACAAGAAACCCCUCAAACAUUCGUGAUACAGUCAGUCAGCAAGAAGACCAAGAGCUUGAGACCGAGGCACAGAGAUCUUUGAAUGCUCUGUAUAUUCAGACGCGUGGGGUUCAACCAUCAUCUAUGGAUACAGCCGUAUUCAAGAAGACGAAGGAAAGCUUGGCUGAUCAACGACGGAUAGAUCGGCUUUUGGGUGGACACAACUACAAGGGCUCUUGCAGCAAUGAGGCAGCUGAAGGCUCUCACGAGCUUUCAGAGGGCCAAAAGUCAACUAGUAUGAACAAAUCUAUACUUAAUCAGGAAAAAACAAUAGUUGAGAAUAAAGCCGGUGAAUCGGAUCAAGGAACAACUCCAACUCAUUCAAAACCGAAUCCAUCUCUUGAAUCAGUAUCUACAAAAUUACGCCUUACUAAGCCCGGGGAGGUAAUUAACAAGGGAGAUGUAAAGUUCAUUAAAAGUCCGUUGACUUCAGCAUUUUCUACGCCAGAUUCGAAGGAAUCUUCUGCGACCAAAGAUAUCGUUGGUAUUCAGGAUGGUUCUACAUCUCAAGAUGGUGCUAGCGUCCCAAAAUAUGGCCUAUCCAUGCGAGAGUACUUCAAAUACCGCCCGAAACCGAUGGCAUCAUUAUCGAAAGCAACCAACAGUAAUGCAGAGCUCAUUAGUGUUAACGACAGUAAAAUCAUUGAUAUAGUGACCAAGGACGCGUCAACUAGCUCUCCCAUAGAUGACAACCAAUCUUCAGAACCAGCUCAGGAUGUCCCUUCUCCUCCAUCGCAGCAGACAGAGACACUUGCUCAAAAUCUAAGCGACAAAAAUAGCGAUGAAGCAUUUUGUGUUGAUACCAAGGCAAUAGAGGAGGAUAAGGAGCAGCUUUUACCACCAAGGCGUCGAAGGCUAGUCCGGGGUGCUGAAUUGAAAGUAAAGACGUACUGUGAAUCAUCUUCACGCUCAAGCGACAGCGAAGCAGCAUUCACUACAGUAAAGAAGCAGCCGAAAAAAAGUUCGAAGGAUAGAAAAAGGGACUAUCGCACGCGUGAGCCCAAGCACAUAAUCUUGUCAGAACCAGAGUCUGAGGAGGAAGAGCCAGAGCCAAAGCAUGCUGCCGCCUCAAGGCAGUUCAUGAAGAAUUUCUUUGGUAUUUCCACGUCAACAACCUCAUCCGCUUCCACAACAUCUCAAAAGCCUUCAGGCUGCAACCUAGUCAAGGAAUCGCCAAAACCUGCUCCUAGCAAUGACUCUGAUGACGGGUUUAAUGGUAGAGAUGCCUCUGUGCAGCUUAUGCCAGUAGCCAAUCGGCCAAGACCAAAGACUUACUCCAAGGCGAAGAGCGGGGUCGUAGUUAAGCGGAAGGAUAAAAGUAGAAGUAGGAAAAGCUCUUUUUCUAACUCUGACAAUUCGGGUUCUGAGCGCGACAACAGCGGCCUUGAUGACGAUCUCUCUGACUUUAUGACCGAGCAGAAGCCAGAUCCAAACCAAAAAUCAAUUACCACCAUGUUUUCGAAGGCACAAUCCCGUCCAGCAUCAGCAUAUACCCCCAUCCUCAAACCACGCAGGAAAACACGACUCACUCCGGCUUCACGUGCUGUCCUCUCUGGCGGGUUAUCGAACAUAUCAAAUACGUGCUAUCUCAAUUCAAUUUUACAGGCACUGCGGAAUACUCGUGAAUGCUCUCGAUUGAUUUUCGUUAUCCAGGAAAAGAUGCGAGAGCUCGAAGAGAGACUGGGAUCGCAGGUCAAGCUGACCGAGUAUCAGCGCGCAUUGUUUGAUCAUGCUCUCGACAUGUUUCAACAGCUUGAUGAGCAUGAGAAAAAGCUUUGUGAAGGCGAUGCUGAACUUAGGUCAACAUAUCCAACAAUGGUGAUUCGGACACUACGCGACGGCGAUUCUUUGUUCAACUCUUCGGAACAACAGGAUGCUGCCGAAUUUUUAUUGUAUAUCAUUAGUCUAUUUGAUGACGUCCUGAAAGCAUUACUGCUGUCUGCACAAUCAUCAGACUUGGGAAGAAUUAGUCCGGAUAUCAUUCCGCGCAACUGGCAGCCUAUUGAUUAUCUGUUUCAAGUGGGGACCCAGACCGUUACCCAUUGCCAGCAAUGUCGAUCCGUUGUGACAAAAAUGGAUCGAGGAAUCGACCUGACAGUGCAGAUUGAUGUUGAGAAUCCAACUUUAGUCCGUGACCUGGGUUGGGGCAUAACUGAAACGAUGAAGAUGGAGCAUAUGAAGGAUGAUAACCAGCGGUUUUGCGAAAAGUGCAACUCCAAGGAAGAUGCACACAUCUAUCAUUAUCUUACAUCGUUACCGAAAAUCAUGAUCUUGCGUCUACAACGAUACAAUUUCAGUGAAGGGGCCGUGAAGCUUCAGAACAGGGUCUCAUGUACAGAAAGGAUGAAUUUCAGCAAAUGGAUGAGCAAGGAUCAUCAGGGAGGGGCCCUGGAUUAUGAACUUUGCGCCAUCAUCGUUCACAGAGGCCGAGCCAUCACCUCCGGUCAUUACUACGUCUAUAUUAAAAAGGAUGUUGAGAUUGAGUCUGAGAUCACAGAGCCGACUGGAGAGACGUAUAACGAGAAAAAGAGCUUCCGAUGGCUCAAGUACAAUGAUGCAUCUGUGGACCCAGUCUCAGAGGAGGACAUGACUCGACUUUUCUCUGGAGAUAUCAAUAUGCAGGCUAAAAAGAGCGGUAAUCUGAACGGAUACAAUGCCGCUGAAUGCUUGGCCACCGAUACAAGUCUUGAAGCAAGCAAUGAUCAGAGAAAUGAACCUAUAUUAAAUAGCUUCUUAUUGGACGACGACAUGGCUACACCUUAUGUAUACAUUUACAGACGACUUGAUGAUGAUUAGAAAAUCAAAAGCUUCCUUCUAUCUUGUCGUUUCUUUUUUCUUUUUUCUUUUUUCUUUUAGCAUGUAUAUUAUUCAAUUAUUAUGGCCUGUAUUUUUAUUGCUAGCAAGAAU